CCCAGCCCUAUCACCCAUCCCACCUCUUCGAAUCUAUUCGUCUAAAAAAAUCCUCUCCGAACCCAAGUUCUUCCUUACCCUUAUGCCAAGAGACCAAGAGACCAAGAAUCAAACGUGGGCUCAUUAGCUAUAGCACUCUCCCUCAUGUGCCCUCGAUUGCUCGUCUGCUGUCGGCGGUCCGGUACUCUUGUGUAGCAGCGACGUCGUGUAUCAGGAAGAAAGAAAUGGAAGAGGGCAAGCAUAAAUCCAGGAAGGAGGGGGAAUCCAAGAGGAGUCAUCGAGAUCGGCAACGUGAAAAAGAGAGGAAUGGAGAGAGACACAGGGAUAAAGAUAAAGAUAAAGAUAAGAGAGACCGUGAUAGUCGGCGCUCUGAGAGAGAAAAGAGUUCUGAUUCUGAGGAUAGGUAUGAUAGAGAGAAGCAUCGAGACAGGGACACUGAUAGGACACGAAGCCGGGAUGAUGAAAGAGAGAGAACGAGAGACAGGAAGAGAGAAAAAGAUAAAGAGAAGGAGAAGGAGAAGGAGAAGGAGAGAGAGAGGGCUAGAGAGAAGGAAAAGGAGAGGGAAAGAGAAAGAGAAAGAGAAAAAGAAAGAGAUAGAGAGAAAGAAAAAGAAAGAGAAAAAGAAAAGGAACGAGAAAGAGAGAGGGAGAGAAGGGAACGAGAAAGAGAAGGAGAAGAUAGAGAGAGGGAAAAGAGGGAGCGAGAUAGGGAGAGGGAAAAGGACAGAGAUCGAGAGAGGAGGAUACGGGAGAGGGAGAGGCGCAGGGACAUUGAUACUGAUGAUACUGAUGAUGAUGUUAGGGAGCGUGGUAGGAAGCGGCAUAGGAAAGAUGAAAAUGAGUACAAGGAGAAAGAGAGGGAAAGGAGUAGCAGCAGGUCAAACAGACAUAGGGAUGAUGGAGAUGGGAGCCCGAGAAAGAAGAGUGAUGAAGAUGAUUCAGUUAAGAAAGAGAAGCAGCCAACUCGUGAGGAGGAGUUAGAGGAUGAACAGCGGAAAUUGGAUGAGGAAAUGGAAAAGCGGAGAAGGAGAGUUCAGGAGUGGCAAGAGUUAAAAAGGAAGAAGGAAGAAUCUGAGAGAGAGAAACGUGGGGAAGGGGAUGUUGAUGAACCUAAGUCCGGCAAGGCCUGGACUCUUGAAGGAGAAUCUGAUGAUGAAGAAGUACCCUCAUUAGGGAAAUCAGAGAGGGAUAUGGAUGUUGAUGGAGAAGACAAUCUUACUGACAGAGAAGUUGGCGGAGAUGCUAUGGUGGUAGAUUCUGAGAAUGAAACAGAUGCACCUACUUUGCAGAAUGGGGCUGAUGAUGCUGUUGGUGAUGAAGAAGUUGAUCCAUUAGAUGCUUUUAUGAAUUCUAUGGUAUUGCCUGAAGUUGAGAAGCUGAACAAUGCUGUGGAACCAUCAAUUGUUGAUGAGAAGAACAAGGAUAAAAAGGAUGAUCUAAGUAAUGGUGAACAGCCAAGGAGAGGUUCAAAUAAAUCUAUGGGCAGAAUAAUUCCUGGGGAGGAUUCUGACUCGGAUUAUGGGGACCUUGAGAAUGAUGAUGACCCCCUAGAAGAUGAAGGUGAUGAUGAGUUCAUAAAAAGGGUGAAAAAGACAAAAGCUGAGAAGCUUUCUGUAGUUGAUCACUCUAAGAUAGAUUAUGAUCCAUUCCGCAAAAAUUUCUAUAUUGAGGUGAAGGAGAUCUCUAGAAUGACUCCAGAACAGGUGGGUGCAUAUCGGAAAGAAUUGGAAUUGAAGAUACACGGUAAGGAUGUGCCAAAGCCGAUCAAGAUGUGGCACCAAACUGGGCUUACAAGUAAAAUCUUGGAAACAAUAAAGAAGCUAAACUAUGAAAAGCCAAUGCCAAUUCAGGCUCAGGCAGUGCCUGUAAUUAUGAGUGGUCGAGAUUGUAUUGGCAUUGCAAAAACUGGGUCAGGCAAAACUGUUGCAUUCGUGCUGCCAAUGCUGAGGCAUAUCAAGGACCAGCCACCUGUGGUAGCAGGAGAUGGACCUAUUGGGCUUAUAAUGGCACCAACUAGGGAGCUUGUUCAGCAGAUUCACAGUGAUAUUAAAAAGUUUACCAAGGUACUGGGUCUCAGGUGUGUGCCUGUGUAUGGAGGUUCUGGUGUUGCCCAACAAAUUAGUGAAUUGAAGAGGGGAGCUGAAAUUGUUGUCUGUACUCCCGGUAGGAUGAUUGACAUACUUUGUACAAGUGGAGGGAGAAUAACAAAUCUGCGUAGAGUAACGUAUUUGGUUGUGGAUGAAGCUGAUCGAAUGUUUGACAUGGGUUUUGAACCUCAAAUCACUCGAAUUGUUCAAAAUAUUCGGCCAGAUCGUCAAACUGUAUUGUUUUCUGCCACUUUCCCUCGCCAGGUUGAAGUCUUGGCACGGAAAGUCUUGAACAAACCUGUGGAAAUACAAGUUGGUGGUAGGAGUGUUGUGAAUAAGGACAUAGCACAAUUGGUUGAAGUGAGGCUGGAAAAUGAAAGGUUCUUGAGAUUGUUAGAGUUACUUGGGGAGUGGUAUGAGAAAGGAAAAAUUUUGAUAUUUGUCGAGUCACAGAAUAAAUGUGAUGCUUUAUUUAGGGAUCUGCUUAGGCAUGGAUAUCCUUGUCUCUCACUUCACGGGGGCAAAGAUCAAACAGAUCGUGAGUCCACCAUAACUGAUUUUAAAAGCAAUGUUUGUAAUUUGUUGAUUGCAACUAGUGUUGCUGCAAGAGGGUUAGAUGUCAAGGAGCUUGAACUGGUGAUCAACUUUGAUAGUCCAAAUCACUAUGAAGACUAUGUUCACCGUGUUGGCCGUACAGGGCGAGCUGGUCGGAAAGGCUGUGCUAUAACGUUUGUCUCUGAGGAAGAUGCUAGAUACGCUCCAGAUCUUGUCAAAGCAUUGGAACUCUCUGAGCAAGUUGUUCCAGAUGACCUGAAAUCUCUUGCGGAUGGUUUCACCGCAAAAGUAAAUCAGGGACUCGAGCAAGCCCAUGGAACUGGUUAUGGAGGAAGUGGUUUUAAAUUUAAUGAAGAGGAAGAUGAAGUGAGGAGAGCAGCAAAGAAGGCACAAGCCAAAGAAUAUGGUUUUGAGGAUGACAAGUCAGAUUCAGAAGAUGAAGAUGAAGGUAUCCGAAAGGCAGGGGGAGACAUUUCACAGCAGGCUGCCCUUGCUCAGAUAGCAGCCAUUGCUGCCGCCUCUAAAGGUAGUACAGCUUCAAUGCAGACCCCUGUGCCUGCUGCCCAACUGCUUCCCAACAGUGGACUGCCUGUUUCUCUUCCAGGUGUCCUUGGUCUAACAUUACCAGGAACAGCAGCAGCUGUGGCUGGGACUGGUUUGCCUGUUGUUGGCAAUGAUGGGGCAGCUCGGGCUGCAGCAAUUGCAGCUGCAAUGAACUUGCAGCAUAAUCUGGCAAAGAUCCAAGCUGAUGCAAUGCCUGAACACUAUGAAGCAGAGUUGGAGAUAAAUGAUUUUCCACAGAAUGCUCGAUGGAAGGUUACCCACAAGGAAACUUUGGGACCUAUAUCAGAGUGGACUGGAGCUGCCAUUACUACGAGGGGUCAGUAUUUCCCACCAGGCAAGGUUGCAGGACCAGGAGAUCGCAAACUCUACUUGUUUAUUGAGGGCCCUACUGAACAAUCUGUCAAGAGAGCCAAAGCAGAAUUAAAACGUGUUUUGGAAGACAUCUCAAAUCAGGCAUUAUCACUUCCUGGUGGAGCUCAGCAAGGCAGAUAUCAAGUUCUAUAAGUGUGAGAUCUUAACUCCAACUUACUUUAGGCAUACUGUUAUCGGCUUAUCCUGAACUUAAUUUGCUUCCCAGUUCCUGGUCAAUUCUCAGUCACCUAAUGAAUUCCAUAUUGAAUGGUUCUGGUUAACUGAUUGACUUGCACUUUACUGCUGGAUAAAAUAUUCAACUUCUAAGAGAACCAAAUUUGUUAAUGUAUGAGUGAAAUCUCAUUAAUCUUUUCCUGAAUCCAGGUUAAGCUUGAUUUACAAUUGUCAUUUAGGAAGUCAUUUUAUUUUGACAAUGAGGAAUCAGAUACAGAUUGGAUUUUGUUGUGUGAACUGUUACGAAUUUGUCUUGCUUUGCGCAAUUUUCUGGCCCCUUUUGAUUUUUUGUUCUUCUUUUUUUGUUUAUCGUUUCCAUGGUGCGAGGGAUGUUAUAUGCAUAUGCUCGCAUGUUCAAUAUUCUCUGCCCAUUACAAAGCUGUCCAAGAGAUGCGACCGUGGUAUUGUCUUGAAAUUGCUGGAGCCAAUGCAUGUACAUAUACAUACUUCCUUAAGCUUGAGCUAUCAAAGAAGAAAAGUUAAAGGAAAUGACCUUCUCAUCCAUCAAAUACUUGACAUGAACGCUUUCAAUUGAGUCCGCCACUGGUGAGCAGAGAUCGGUGUGGAGAGUGGUCCCUACCCUAUCAGCUGCUGGGUUUGAUGAUGACGGGAUAGGUGGUUAGGUUUAGAAAAGGCCUAGAAGAAAAUGCGUUAUUGGUGCUUGCUUGCUUCAUACUGUAGCAGAAACAGUAGGGUCAUUUUACAUGGUUUUUUCUUUUCGUAUCCCGAGUUGUUUGUUUAGCAAUUGUGAUUACUAUGCGUACUAAUGUCUGAAAUGGUUAGAUACUACCGGAAUUGUAUGUGGCCUCUCUAGGCUCGUAACCCAGAGCUUUUUGUCUGAUAAUCUGCUUUAAAUGAAAUGAUUCUGUUGUUAUU